UCCUUGAGGAAGCUCGCCCUGACGACUCAUAUUUUCCUCUAAAUGAGCAUCCACAUCCAAUAUGUUCAAUAUGGUACCGUAUUCAUUUCCCGACUUACCUUAGCGGUCCAACGGCUUCGUACAAAAAAAGGAUUGCUGAUAUCUGCCGGUUUUGUGCGAAAUGUCAAGAUCGCAGGAGCAGCUUGAGUAAUGAGAGCGAAAUUCAGAUUAACCCAGUCCUGAUAUACACGUCUUCAAGGAGGCCUGUCUACGUCCACGGUGCCAAGACCCCUGUAGUAUCCUUCCACAUCCCCACGUCACUGCUUGACUUCUGCUGUCCUGAUUUCCUCCGUCAUGUCAAGCCCUAGCAGCAGCCCAGAGAGAGAGGGAGGGAUGGCAGGUUCUGUUCAGCUGGAGGACCUCAAUUUGCCUGCUGGACUGGAGACUGAGCCUCUUUUAGCUGGCAGCCCAGUGCUCAGUCCAGACUCCAGUUCCCAUGAUGCUGCGCUCUCUGCCCCAGCAGCUUCCCCGGCUGACUCCGAGAACCUCAGUCCAGAUGAGCUCGAGCUUCUGGCUAAACUGGAGGAACAGAACAGGUUGCUGGAAGCAGAUUCCAAAUCCAUGCGCUCAAUGAGUGGAUCUCGGAGGAAUAGUGGCUCCUCUCUAGUGUCAAGCUCAUCUGCAUCUUCUAACCUGUCCCAUCUGGAAGAAGACACUUGGAUCCUGUGGGGACGGAUCGUCAAUGAGUGGGACGAGUGGAGACGAAAGAAAGACAAACUUCUCAAGGAGCUAAUAAGGAAAGGCAUUCCUCAUCAUUUCCGAGCAAUCGUGUGGCAGUUAUUAUGUAAUGCCACUGACAUGCCAGUAAAGAACCAGUACUCUGAACUAUUAAAGAUGUCCUCACCCUGCGAAAAACUCAUACGCAGAGAUAUUGCCCGCACAUAUCCAGAGCACGACUUCUUCAAAGGCCAGGACAGCCUGGGACAGGAAGUUCUGUUUAAUGUCAUGAAGGCAUAUUCUCUUGUGGAUCGUGAAGUUGGUUAUUGUCAGGGCAGUGCCUUCAUCGUAGGAUUGCUACUUAUGCAGAUGCCGGAGGAGGAGGCUUUCUGUGUGUUUGUCAGACUAAUGCAGGAGUACAGGCUUAGAGAGUUGUUUAAACCCAGCAUGGCUGAACUGGGUCUGUGCAUCUACCAGUUUGAACACUUGCUACAGGAGCAGUUGCCGGAGCUGAACGUUCAUUUCCGUUCUCAGAGUUUCCAUACAUCUAUGUAUGCCUCAUCCUGGUUUCUCACUCUCUUUCUCACCUUCCUACCCCUUCCAAUAGCUACACGUAUUUUUGACAUCUUUAUGUAUGAGGGUUUGGAGAUCAUAUUCCGAGUUGGAGUAGCGAUACUGCAGUACAACCAGACAGACCUCAUACAGCUAGACAUGGAGGGAAUGUCACAGCACUUUCAGAAGGUGAUUCCACAUCAGUUUGAUAGCUGCCCCGAUAAGAUGAUCCUCCGGGCUUAUCAAGUCAAAUACAAUCCCAAGAGAAUGAAAAAGUUAGAAAAGGAGUAUACCACUAUCAAGAACAAAGAAAUGGAGGAACAGAUUGAAAUUAAGAGACUACGUACAGAAAAUAGACUACUGAAGCAGAGGAUUGAGACACUGGAAAAAGGUCAGGUUACUCGAGCCCAGGAGGCAGAGGAGAACUAUGUUAUUAAGCGUGAACUGGCUGUGGUUCGGCAUCAGUGUAACACAGCCAGUGAGAGUCUGGAAAAGGCACAGGACACCAUUCGUGAACUUCAGCAACACAAGUACACAGAGGAGUUUGUGAGUGGGCUGCAGACUCAGUUGGAACAGACUCGUCUACAGGAAGCAGAAUUACUCAGUGCUCUGAAAGAAAUGCAGGACAAAGUGCUCGAUCUGGAAAAGAGGAACAGCUCUCUGCCGGAUGAAAUCAAUGUAGCUCAGCUGCAGGAUGAGCUGAAGCUGGUGAAACUGAGAGAGCAGGAGACUCUGCGCUCCUUCAGAGAGAUGCAAGAGGCCGUUACUGAUCUCAACCACUGCUGGCAGCAUCAUACAUCUCGUGGUGGAGGAGUAGGCCAUUGGAAGGAGUCUCCUAAAAAGAAUGCGAUGAAUGAGCUACAGGACAAACUGAUGAGUCUGAGACUACGAGAGGCUCAGGGUCAAGCUGAACUCAAAGAGGUCAAACUUAAAAACCUGCAGCUGGAGAGCCAGAACCAGAUCAACUGUAAUCUAGUUAUCAGACAUGAACAAGAGAGCGCUGGCCUGCAGGAGAGACUGCAGAAUGCGCUUUCCCACAACAAAACACUACAAAGCCAGCUCAACGAAAUGAAAAGAAAGAUGGCCGAGUCUGACUGCAAGAGCAAAGAAGAGGUGAUGGCAGUCCGUCUAAGAGAAGCUGACAGCAUGGCCUCUAUGGCUGAACUCCGGCAAAAGAUAGCCGAGCUAGAAAUACAGAAAGAGGAGGGAUUGAUCCAAGGCCAGCUGAAUCACUCAGACUCCAGCCAGUAUAUAACUCAACUGAGAGAGCAGAUCACUGAACUCAAGAAUGAGAUCAGGCGGCUGCGUGGACAACCCUCCAAGUUCCAGAAUACUGGUGAAGGCGUAUAUCAGGACCUAUGUUUGGAAAGCCCAGCAUCUGCAGAAGGUGAUUACCUCAGUUCGGACGAGGACCCUCUUCAGAGCCACUUGCCCGUAACCUCCCUGUAUCCGCACCAUUCAUCACCUCGUCUGGACAGUCAAGGCAGCACGGACAGCGACGGCGAGGAAAGGAACGCCAUUCAAACCCCCUGCCAAGACCCUCUGCCUAACCAGCAGCAGCUUUACCCGAGCAUGGUGUGCAGCGAAGGACUCGAGAACUGAGAUGGCUUGAAAUGGUGAGACGGGAUGGACAGAGUCCUUUAGGAAUAGACUGCAAAAAAUGCACAGAUAUAUAGAGUGAGAGAGAGAUUAUGUACAUUCACCCAAAAGCUGUUAGAGGUAGGCCAGGAACUCGAUGCAUAGCACGACAUUCUCAUAAUAUACUUGGCCCUCACUCGAGCUGUGUCCGAAACUUGAAAAACGCACCUUUUCUUGCAGUAAAUGAAGCUACGGGGGCACCAAGGCAUAUCCAAAUUCAGUGUUUGCCUUCCAUUUGUUCGACUUAUAAUAUCUCCACAAUCCUGUGCACUCAGUUUGGUGGUUAGAGAUCAAACGACAUCUGAUAAAGAGAUUAAAAAUACAAUAAUACAUAAAUGCCCUUUCCUCAUGUUUCUAAAAGCUUGAGUUUACAUUUCUACACAGCAUUUUGUAGUCACUAAAUACUUGUUCAUCUAAACUUUCCUUGAAUUAGUUCUAGCUCAUUAGAUGUGACGUUUGGUGUUUUGGAAGGUGGUCCUUUUAUACAAAUACAUGGCAGCUGCCUUCAGUUUCGGACACAGCCUCUGUCUCUUUGUCUUUUCGUCAGUGUGUCUGUUGCAUGUUGUCUUAAACAUAUUGCAUCUCUUCCCACGACUGAGUUUGGACUUCUGUAUAACAAAUACCAAUAUACAUUCACAAACUGUCCUCUUCUCUUGAGUGCCAGAAAGUGUGGUCAUUUUUGCCAUUUUUCUCUUUUCAAACAAAACAGUGUGGCCUUGAAACUACCUCUAAUUGAAUCAGUCACUCAAUCCCUGUAAGCAUACAAACUUCGCCAAUUACAACAGCCGUCUGGCUAGAAAUGAGGUGACUGACGAAAGAAAAAGCAAGCAGGAGAUGCACCUUCUGGUACACAAGUUUGCAGCAUCCUGUCAAAGCAUGGGAUUGUCUUUGUCAUGCUCCGUUGGCACCUAACAUAGGGAGCAUCUCAGCUGUUUGCUUAGAGGAUAGCAGCAGACGUUCUUUUGUUUCUCUGUCUUGUUCCUGUGGAGAGGAUGUGCACCUUUUAUGUUUAUCUCAAACGCAACAGACACUACAAUCACUUUAAUUGGAGGUGAAGGCCGAAGGAGAGAAAAUAAGAAUGAACGAAGUCUUAUUAUAUAAUAACAUAAUAGGGAAGUUAAUAGUUACAUAGAUGAAUAUUACCACAGCUCAUCCAUGUAUCUGUGUGUGAUCAAACUGUGUGUGAUCAAACUUUUGGAUGGAAAGAAUCCAUUGCAAAAGAAAACUGUCAGCAUUAUGUUAAUUGUCUAUUUAUUUUGUAUGUUUAUUUUUAUUUUUUAUAAUGUUAAUGUACAUGCACUUCACGCGUACAGAGGCCAAACUAUUUAAUUUAUACUAUUCUUCUGUGCCAAUCCUGAAAAACGUUAUGAAGCUGAAACUACAGGGCUCCAGAAAAGAGAUGACUUUAAAAAAAGGGUAAAGGAAAGAAUAACAACUGCUGCUAUGACAUAUCUAGUUAGGUAUUUUAUUAUUAUUAUUUUAAAUAUGUUCAUAAGGACAACCCCUCUCCCAUAUAAGGUAGAUCUAUAAGUCCAAAAUAUACUGUGAAGUUAUUAUUGACUUGACGCUUGAGUUGCCUAGAUUUGUACACUACAUAAAUACCCCCAAGCAGCUUUAUGAUAUUGAUUUGCAUUUCACAUUUCAACUGUUAAUCAUCUUAAGGCAGUUAUCUAUCUUGUUUUUGCCGAUUCCAAAGCAACUUCCUGAAGCAUUUGUGAAGACUGUUGCUCUUGGUUGAUAUUGAAGAAGUUCAUUUGUAGAGCUAAAGCUUGCUCGCAUUUGACUGAACUAGGAAAGGUUUACAAACAAAUGUAAUCUACAGUUAAUUGCAAAAUAAUGGGUGGUUUUGUAUAUACAUAUGCAUUAUAUUAUACAAAUAUUUCAUACUUGUAACAGGUUUUUUUCCCUUUGAUAGAGCUUGGUCAAUUCAGUUUUUUUUAACCCACAAUUUCGUAACCUGUCUUGAAGACUUCCAUCUAACUCAGUACUGUCUACGAUGCUGUGUUUUUUCUGACCACACAUGGUACAUCAGUGUCAUUGCCACUGCCUCGUUUUGCUAAACCUUGUCAUUUGUUGCAUUCAUCAGACAUUUUACAUGUUUACAUGACUUUCUAAAAAACAAUACAUUGCCGACAUUUGCACCAUUUACUGGUUAUAGACAAAAGCCAGUGAGAAGCUGCUCUCAGUCAUGUCUCUGACAGUGUGAUGCAUUACCAGACAUCAGAGUUUUGGGGAGAAGUAUUCACAGUAUGUGCUGAAUAUGUCAUGAAAACUAUUUAAGUGUGUUUAUAAAGCAUAUCUUUUAUUGAGUGGUUGUAAGUUCUCAAGGUAACCUAGGGUUGCUGUUUUAACAUACCACAGUGUUGAACCAACUGAACAUUGUCUUUUGUCUAAUGCAAAAUUGUUUAUAAAUGGUUUGUGUCGAAUCGCUUGCUGUAGAGCUGAUAUUUUUCCUUUGAUCAAAUCUAUAAUGCCCCUUGCACUUAUAUACACAUAUACAUCAUACCCGGAAAAAAAAAUGACAGACUGAGAAAUAACAGUGUGAUAGACCAAUAAUUAUAUUUUAUGCAAAAAGACAUGAGGUUUUAAUAUUUUUUCAUAUUGCACUAUAAAACUAAACCUCCCUAGCAUCAUCUCUACUAGGGCUUUACUCUGAUUUAGAACAUCCUUCCUGUUACCCAGUGACCUCUGUAACAUUUAAAACCAUCCACAAAACCAGUUUCAGAAGUGAGUACCUUUUAUAAACUCCGUUCUGUACAAGAAAGCAGAAAGUAAAGGAAGUUGCUUUGCACCUUUCAUUUCUUGCUGGUCUUUAAAGAGAAACCUCAGAGGGUCCCUGAAGCCGAAAAUCUUUGCAGAGCAGUUGUUGUACCAACAUUUGUUCUGGUUUGGGACUGUUGGAUUUCAAAUAGUCGAAGGAAGCUUACCUCACAUCUUGAUUACAAAACACAACGGUUUUGUGGUGUGAGUUUUAGCUUCUAAAGAAUAUUUGCUAAUAGGAAAUCAGAAAUGGCUGUUUUGAAAUUAACUUGGAGUGCGAGUUGUUGUUUAGUGAGUUGGUUUUGUUUAAAACAAAAAGCCAGUCUUAUUGGAAAGGCUUUGUCAAGCCCAUUUAUGUUACCUGAGCAGGAACAUACCAUUUUCAGAUCGCCGGUGGGUGGUUAAUAUUUGGUCAAACACAUUUGUAUCUCACAUUGAGCUCUAAUUUCAAUCACCUUCAGAGUGGCUGAAUUGAGUUCUAAUCAGUGGAAGAAGAAAAAGAUGAAUGAAGAAGGUUACGGUGAUAAUAAUAUCAGUACUUUGUGGUAUUAUGAGUCAGUUUUCCAUGCAUCAAGUCUAUCACAUAUCUCAGAAGCACUAUAUCACUGUAACAGUUGAAACUGAAUUCUUUUGUACACUGUUAUCAGAGCAGUUAAUUAUUUAUUUAUUUAUUAUUAUUUUUUGGUAGCAUCUUCCAUGCCAGUGUUUAUGUUUAUGUUAUGUGUUGUUGUUUGAAGGUUGCCAUGUAACCAAUGAUCAUAAUGAAACCCUGAUUGGUUUCAGGAAAGGUAUGUCGUCGUUACAGUAGAUGACCUAAUUAAAACAAAAUGCAUAAAUGUCCGCCUUUAUGCAUGAACUUGCAGAAAGUCACUGUUGAAAGAAACACUUAUUGAAUUAAAAUGCCUCUUUUAUCAGGAUAGUUUAAUAUUGCAGUAUAAUAACAGGUUUUUUUUUUGUCUUACAUUUUCUUCAAGAUAAGUAAAUGUGGAGAUGAAUGCAUUGGGGGAAAUAAUAUUUGUCAAGUGUUCCAAGCAUACAGAAAAUGUGCAUACUGUAUGUACUGUAUUCAGUGUCUUCAUUCAAAUAUGGUUUGACUGCUAUUUCAAACAUUGUGUGUAUCAAAACAGCAACCCAAAAAGCAGCUGCCUUACCUCCACAGUACGUAAAUGUCCUAGUCUCCACAUUACACUCAUCAGACCACAUCCUCUCUCUCCUACACUUUUACUGAUGUGUUAUUAAGAUUGACAGUACUAAAGAUAUAUAAAUGGCAGUGUUAUCAAAUGAUGAUCCAGUGUUCUGUAUUUGAAGAUAAAAUGUAUUAAAAAAUGAAUAAACAUUUAUGCUAUACAUUUGCAAAGUUCAAA